UCAAACCGGCCCGGAAACGCGUCGUCGGAAGUGGCAUUUGACACCGAAAUCAAGAUGGCGGCGCGCAUGUAUUAAAGAGGACAGAGCGGGCACAGGAUGAGAGGGGUAUCAGCUAUGUGCCUGGCACAGCUUCAUGGCAAAGUCACAGGGCAACUUAUCGCCUGUCGGGUUCUGCAGAUAUGCAGGAGACACCCUGACCGCUGGCCUUUAUUUCAUCCACCCAGAUGUAAGUAUGUGACACAGCACAUAACCUUAAACCAAAGAGUCAAGCCGAAACCAGAGACAGUAGAAAGCUCUGUCCAAGAGGAGACAAUUGUACAAGAAGUAAAAGCCAUAUCCACAACUUUCCCUUUACCUACCCCUGAAUCAUACAAAAAUGCAACUACUCAGGGACCCCCAGCUGAUCACAAGCUACCGCCCUCAGCCAAUGAGGAACGGGGCUGGAGGGAAAUGAAAGUCGAAAUAUCUACCCUACCAGGUGUUUUGGCACGGCUCUCAAAAAUCAGGCUUACAGCCCUAGUGGUGAUAACUGCAUCAGCUGGGUAUGCCAUGGCUCCCGUGUCCUUUGACCCAACUUGUUUCCUGAUUGCAUCAGUCGGAACCGGUCUGGCUUCCUGUGCUGCCAACUCCAUCAACCAGUUCUUCGAGGUGCCAUUCGAUUCCAACAUGAACAGGACAAAGAACCGGCCCCUGGUGCGAGGACAGAUAAGCCCACUGAUGGCCGUCUCCUUUGCCGCGGCCUGCGCUAUCGCAGGGAUCUCCUUGCUGACAUUUGCCGUUAACCCUCUGACGGGGGCCCUGGGGGCCUUUAAUAUCUUCCUGUAUACCUGCUGUUACACGCCCAUGAAACGGCUCAGCAUUGCCAAUACGUGGGUGGGUGCUGUGGUGGGCGCCCUUCCGCCAGUCAUGGGCUGGACAGCAGCUACUGGGAGCCUGGAUGCAGGAGCUUUGCUGUUGGGCGGCAUUCUCUACUCCUGGCAGUUUCCCCACUUUAACGCAUUAAGUUGGAAUCUACGUGAAGACUAUUCCCGAGGGGGUUACAGAAUGAUGUCUGUCACCCAUCCACUCAUGUGCCGCCAAGUGGCGUUGCGUCAUUGUCUGGCUCUCAUUGGCCUGUCCACCCUAGCUCCUGCUUUAGAUGUGACCACGUGGACCUUUCCAGUCAUAUCGCUUCCCAUUAACUUUUACAUCUCUUACCUGGGCUACCGAUUCUACAAGGACGCGGACCGUUCCAGCUCCAGGAAGCUGUUCUUCUGUAGCUUGUGGCACCUGCCCAUGCUUUUGCUCCUCAUGUUCACCUGCAAAAAGUCUGUGGUUGGCAAGAAAGAGAAGGACGCCAUCUUGGAACCAAGCUGAACUGUUACUGGUUAACUAUGAAGAACCUGCUGCAGGAGGAUUAUUAUGGGUGACAAUCUUCCAACCACUAUCUCAGCCAAUCAUACCCACAAAGGGUUCCAAGUUUUGUAUUUUGCACUGAUACCAGUUUUAUUUGCCCCAAGCAACAGGGGCAUCCAGGAAAGUCAUAUUUUAAGGUAGAAAGCAUCAGAAAAUGAAACCUCAGCCUGACCAAUGAAUUGUAUUUUUCUCUUGUGUUAAUAGGUGUUGGAAGGUAUGGGGCAUUGCUUGCUCCUUUAGCCUACUUUGGAUCACAUAUUUAUUUUAAAUAUCAUGUAUAUGUCACUGAGGCUAAUGCUGCCAUCCAAAGAUUGUUAUUGCCCCCAGUUUGCCCAGUGUUUUUAACGUCCAUAAUAAAGACAAUCUUCAUAAAUUAUCUAAGUCCAGGUGGACAGGGGUGCCCACGGACUGCUUUGGUCAAGAUACUCAUAUCAAAAUGUGAUAUUAGAGAGACUAGGGGUUGCUGGGAGUCCCCAGGAAACUAGAGCUUACUCCCAGCUAGGCUGGUUGUGAUAGGCUGCAUCCAUAUAUUGCCACCUGCUGCCAGUAGCAUGCAUUGUUUGACCAGUCUCCAACACUUGGUUAUGGUCAGUAGCACAGGCUGAGAGGUUGGGGUUCUCCUGUGUACUAGAGUGUCCACUAGCUCACAAACUUGCAUCUCUUGCCACAAAUAAAAGUGAUUUUCCCUGUGAAUGAACAAACACACUCCAUUUUUAAUUGCCCAAAAGUCCCAUAUUCUCUUGCUGACUCUGGGAAUCCCCUCAGAACCAGAAUACUGUAAUAUCUGCAAACUGUCCGCUCUGUCACUGCUGCUUCUUCCAAUAAAAACUGAAAAUCAA